GAUGCAGCAUGUUUUUCCCCACCAUGCGGUAUUGUUCCGUUGGGUACUGGUAAUGAUCUGUCGCGAGUGCUUCGAUGGGGUGGUGGAUAUACGGGUGAAGAAAAUCCAAUGGAAAUCCUCAAAGAUGUUAUCGAAGCCGAAGAAGUGCGUCUGGAUCGGUAAGACAAUCUCUUCUCAAUCCAUUUUAGAAAUGAUCAACUCUGAUUGUUCAUCUCAUAACAGCUCCAGUUUGACAGUUCAAUGUCACUCGUAA